UACGUGCUUUGAAAGAGAGGGAGCUUCUCGGUGUAAAUAGUCUUUUGUGAAAAGGUCAGGUUUUUAUAUAUUUUGUAUAUAUUAUCUCUCUCUAUACUCAAUUACUUCUAUCAUUCUUAUAAAUUGCUUUGUCGCAACUGUUUUAUAUGUUGAAAAAGUGAUAGUGUUGCAUGAUAUUAACCUACCAGUUAUUCACACAAAUAUCAUAGAGAUCUUUCUGUUUUACAUAUUUCUCAAUAAACUAAGAUAAUGUCACAUAUAUGUGAUUGCGGUAAUAAUCGUGACACACCAGAACUAAGUAUACAAUAUAGUUUAUAUACAAAAAUAGAUACAAAUAAGGUACAAUGCUUAAAUGAGAGUGAGGAAGGAAGUGGUGUAAAAAUCUUCAAAAAAUGGGAAGACAGAUUAGAUAGAACACAGUAUGUUGAAAGUGAUAUAGAUCCUGAACUUCUAUUCAAUAUACCUUUCACAGGCAAUGUAAAAUUAAAAGGUCUUAUUAUAAUUGGAGAUAAUAAUUACUUACCCAAAAAAGUAAAAUUAUACAAAAAUCGGCCACACAUGUUAUUUGACCAUGUAAAUACUACUCCAGAAGAGGAAUUUGAAGUAAUUAGUGAUCCAUGUGGACACCAUGAAUAUUCUUUGAAGCCAGUCAAGUUUUCAUCGGUACAACAUUUAAGUCUUUAUUUCAUUGGAGAUAGAGACAUGGAGCAUAUCAAGCUUUAUUAUAUUGGUCUUAAAGGAGAAUGGACUCCAUUGCGCAGGCAUGGUGUAACUAUUUGUACUUAUGAAGCACGACCUCUGAUUAGUAAUCAUCCAAAACAGUUCACUGAAGUCAAUAGAGAAAUCAUAUCUUGAUAUUUUAAUAUCUUGAGUAUCUAUUAUUUACAAGAUCUCUGCUGUAAAGAUAGAAAAUGACUGGUCUAAUAUAUAUAUACAUAUAUAUAUAUAUAUAUAGAGAGUAGAAGAUAAUGUUACCGGGGGAAAAA